AUGCGUAUUUUGAUUACCAAUGAUGAUGGCCCUCCAGACCCUAGGGCAUCGCCGUACAUACGGCCCUUUAUUCAAUACAUUCUAUCGAAUCGCCCUGACUGGCAACUGACCGUGUGUUUGCCAGACAGGCAACGCUCAUGGAUUGGUAAGGCUCAUUUCGCCGGCAAGGAUGCCCACGCCCGCUUUUCAUACAUGAGCAAGGAUGCUAAGGACGACGCUCUUUUCGGUCCUUACCUGCAACCGCAGCGUUCCAUGCAUGGGUCAAAGCUCCCAUCCGUGACAAAUGAGGGCAUCCCAAAGGAUGCAAUUGAAUACUGUCUGGUCGAUGGCACGCCAGCAACUGCUACAGACAUUGGCCUCCAUCACUUGACAUCCCACAAAUUCGACCUCGUUAUUUCCGGCCCCAACGUUGGCCGUAACACAUCUGCUGCCUACAUAACUUCUAGCGGAACUGUUGGCGCCGCGAUGGAAGCAGUUGUCUCCGCAGGGGUUAAAGCUGUGGCUGUUUCUUUUGCAUACUUUGAAGGUAAUAAGUAUGUCGAUGAAGAACUUUUGCAUAGGGCUUCGGAAAGGAGUUGCCGUGUCAUCGAAUACCUUUACAAUCACUGGAACAUCGACGCACAGCUCUACAGCAUUAAUGUGCCGCUUAAGCAGUCUUUAAAUGAGUCUACUAGGGCUGUUUAUACCCAUAUUCUGGAAAACAAGUGGAGUUCUGUCUAUGGUGCUGGCCGCGAUGCAGAUGUUAAACAUGACGUGGACUCUGAAGGCGAAGGAAUAACAUUUAAGUGGCAGCCUGAUUUUGUCGCUCAGCGCCAAGCAAUUUUCGAUUCCCCCGAGAACAGCAUGAAUGAUGGCAGGGUUAUUGAAAAGGGUCUUAUAAGCGUGACUCCACUCCGUGCGGUAUUCCACCAGAUUUCUCAGCUUGUUGGGGAGCUUGACCUAAACCUCUCAGAAGCUGAGGGGAAGCCUAGCAAAAAAUCCCAAACAAAUGCCAUAAAGAACGACUUGAAAAGUGAUGCAGAGGGGACACUACUAUUAACUUUACCCUCGCAAGAGUAUAUUUACAAACCUUUGGUCAGCGCCAUUAACAGCCGGUUGCCUAAUGUCAAAAUUGUUGACUCGAUGCCAGCGAAGAGUUCAAAAACUUCGAAAAAAGUCUUGCACUACGGCGAUUAUGAACAUAUUGACAUCGAUAAAUUAGUGGAAGGCGACACUUAUUUUGCCAAUACCUACAUUUACCGCAAAGCACUCAUAAGAAAGCAUUUUUUGUCGCACACAAUCCAUUCGUAUAUUGUCAAGAACCCGGACUCACCCCUUUCGUCUGCCUACCUUGAAACUUUCAAUAUUGACGUUGAUUAUGCAGAAUUUCUUGACGACGCUCUUGACGAAAACUGGGAGCUUAGACAAGAGCUGGAACUCGAAGAAAAAUGGUGGAUUCUCAAGCCAAGCAUGAGCGACAAGGCACAAGGUAUUAGAGUUUUUAAAAGCAUUAAAGAUUUGCAAGCAAUCUUCGACUCUUUUGACGAAGAUCCAAGUGACGACGGAAGCGAGACGAAUCCUAAUAGUGUUGUAGUCUCUCAAUUGAGGCACUUUAUUGUACAGGAGUACCUAGCGUCUCCUCUACUUCUCCCAUCAAUGCAAGGGCGCAAGUUCCACAUUCGCUGUUACGUGACCUGCAAAGGAGACCUUGAAGUUUACGUUUAUGACAGAAUGCUGGCUUUAUUUGCACCUUCCUCUUUCAAAGAGCUGAGCGAAAGUUAUAAUGCUACAGACCCUAGAGACUUAGCUUGCCAUCUAACCAAUACUUGUCUACAGGAAGAGGAAUCUUCCAAAGAAAACUCUGUUCGCGAGCUGGAUGCUUUGGAGGAUUUGGGAGCGAGUGAAGUUCUCAAAAUCAAAUCCCAAAUCCACGAAAUAACACGAGAGUUAUUCAUGGCGGCAGUCACUACAAACAGGCUGCAUUUCCAGCCCUUGGCUAAUGCCUUCGAAACUUAUGGUAUCGACUUCCUGGUGGAUUCGUCCAUGAACGUCAAGAUAUUGGAGGUCAACGCUUAUCCUGAUUUUAAACAAACAGGCCAGGACCUAAAAGGAUUAAUUGACGAACUUUUUGAUGAAGUCACUAAAAACUGUAUUGUUCCCUUAUUCCAAGGCGAUAAAACAUGUUCGGAAGGAUCCAACUUCGUAAAAGUGUUAGAUCAUCAAUCGAAUGGGUGGUGA